UUUAAUAUUUUUGAAGUCUUUUCUCUACUCUGCCACUGCCAGACUUAUUCCUUCAUUCCUCUCACACUCUCUUCUCCUCCUCCACCACCCGCGUUUUGGGAAACCAGAAGAGAGCACCCUCGUUUCUCCUCCACCCACGUCGCUGGCAGGGGCAGCAGCGAGAGAACGCAGCGCCACCAUCGGACUGCGAUUGACGGACGAUUCCAACCGCCACGACCACCACGAACACAGAACAGUUCAAGCCGAUUUUUGCCCAUGGUUAACUGAGGUCUCGUUUGUGGCUGUCGCAACGCAUCACCAAAACCGACGUCAGCGCCGAUAGUCGCCAACACCUCCAGCUAUCACCGUCAGUGUCGCUGUUAGAGAUCGUGUGUGAGGCUUCUCUUCUUCCUCAAUUUCAAACUUGCGUUUCAAAUCGUAUAAAUGGGUCUAGCUUUAACCGUCAGAGUCUUCGGUGUUCUGGUUCUAUUUCACGCCGCUUAUUCAACUAUCCACUGUAUUCUACAACUGAUUCUCACGAUUGUUUUACUUUUUAUUAUGUGUUUGAGCGUUAGGGCUCGUGGAUCUGAAAUUGGAUCUGAUUUUUGUUCCCGACAGAGGUCUGUUGAAGAUUACAGAGGAGGAGUUUUCAGGGCCUCCAUAUAACGUGGUGAUUGAGCUGUUUGUUGGACUGCUGCUUUGUUUCUGGGUUGCGCUCACUGUGCCCGGGAAGUUUAAAUCCAUUCACCCUCACUCCGAGGAGAACAGAUUGGUGAGGUGAGGAGACUAUGCAAAUUAGGACCGAGUCGAUACAAAUCAAGACGACGGAGUUGGAGUCAGAAUCAGACUCUGAAGCUGCUGCUAUAUGGAAUGAAAUUGAGGCUUUAGAGAGCUUCCUUGUUUGUUCUAUGUACCAAGAAGCCGCAUCAGCUGCAUCCUCUAUUUUGGAACGCUUGCGUCAUGCCUCCCUUGCAACUCCAGAUAUGCUAGAAUCCACUGCCAUGGUGCUGCUCCAGGCACUUAUCCACCUCCCCAGGAAUCAACACAUUCUCGAUCAACUUAGACUGCAUUUCAUUUCAGUCAAAGCUAUUCCUCCCCGUGUUCUUCUUACUGGAGCUUGUUUUCAAAUUGCACAAGAUUCUGGGCUUGGUGUUCAAGAAUUUGUGGAGGAUUUCCUCAAUGGAUGGAGUCUUGAAGAUGCAAGAUAUUGUGCAGUCAUUAAAGAGACAAAUGUAGAAGAUGGAAGUAUUAAAGAAAGACACAUAAUUCUUGAAAUUAAUGAAUAUGUGGAAGUUGUCGAGCUCUAUUCUGUCACACUUCUUGCAACAGUUCGAAAAGAUGUAGAUCUUGCAAUCUCCUGGGUUGAGAAUUCUUCAUUGCCUGAGGAAAAUCGACAGGGACUUCUGAGAAGGUUACGUUCCAUGCAUUCUCCUGAAAGUACUAUUCUGUCACAACCUUUUCCUCAGUCACCUACAAAUAGAAAUGAAGAUUUUUCUUUGAAAGAACGAAAUAUGUCCGAAGGAUUACCUCAAUCCUUCAAAACCAAACAUCUCAACAAUGAAAAGGAUAGGUCCAAGAAUGCUCUUAUAAAAUUGUCUAAACAAAUAGAAACAUGUUUCUGUUGCUUCCGUGGUAUCCAUUUGAAGAUUGGCUCUACUAAGUUUGUCAUAACUAGUGGGAAGAUCAUGCUUGGUUGUUUACUAGUGUUCAUCUACUAUGUUUUCAGAAAGAAGCAAGCCACCAUAAAAAGGAUUUUAAGAAGACAAGCUAUCUCCGUAAAAAGGGCUUUGGUAGAUUUGUGGCAGCUUGCGUUUUCGUACCAAGUAAAUCCUCUGGCAGCUGUUCAACCGCCAUCUGCUGCAACACGUCAAGGUCAGUGAGGCCAUGAUGGAAUUCAGUUCCUAUGUAUGACAUAUAAAAUAUGAGUUUAUAUUUUUGUUAGAAAAUUAAGGUAAAUUAUAUUUAAUUUGAAUUAAAAAAUAAUUUAUUAUACAUUUUUAGCUAAUUAUAAAGUGAUGAAUUUUAGAUUUAAUUGAAUUGUAAAAAAAGAUUUGACAUAAUGUCCAAUAUUUAAUUUGAAUAUUUUAAUUUAAAUGGAAAGACACUUUAUAUCA